AUGAAUAAUCUCUCCGCUAUACAUAAAAGCACGGUGAUUAACUCUGAGGAUAGAUACAAGAAAUUUUCAAACACUAAAAUAGAAACUAUGUCAACGGAAUUGAACGUAGAGGAGAUUGAUAAAAAGUACAAUGUACGUCCAUUUAUUGAAGCCGAGCCUUCAACUGCAGUUGUGGAUACUAUUGAACUAGAUGCUCUUGAUUUAUCUCUUUUCAAAGAAGGAAAGGAAUUCUUUCCUGAAAGAAAGAGGUUAGCAGACAAACUUGAAAAAUCAUUAUCAACAUACGGGUUUUUUUCUAUUAUUAACCACGGAAUUGAUGUAAAGGAGUUUGAACAUUUGAGAUCAAUUGCACAAUCAUUAUUGGAGUUGCCGGAAGAGACCAAAAGGGAGUAUCUUGCCGGGGCUUUGAAAAGUGACUUGGAAGAUAGAAAGAUUUCACUUGGAGGAGAAAGAGGUGCUGGAUUCAAACCAAGGGGAUACUGGUCAAUGAAAAAUGGAGUCCAAGAUACUAUCGAGCACUACAAUUUUAGGGAGAUGCAACAACCGAGCUUUUUUGAUGCUGAAAAAAAGUAUCCCGAAAUUGCUAGAGCUCAUCUUCCAGAAAUUGCGGAUUACUUUAGGUUCUUGCAUCAGAAUAUAUUAAGAAAGUUACUCACCUUAUGUGACAUCAUAUUCGAAUUGCCUGAAGGAUAUCUCUGGGAGAAUUAUUUCAAAGUUGUGGAAAAUGACCAUGUUAAUUCGGGUAAUGGCUUUGGAAGAUUUAUGGUGUAUCAUGGCAUGAAUCCUCAAGAUGAAGCUAAAGUAGAUAAGAAUUGGUUGAGAGGACAUUCAGAUAGCUCUGCAUUCACUUUCAUUACCUCUCAACCAAUAUUAUCAUUGCAAAUCAGAGACUAUUUUUCAGGACAAUGGAAAUAUGUUGGACAUACUCCAGGAGGAUUAAUAGUGAACAUCGGAGACUCGAUGGAGUUUAUUUCUGGAGGUUAUUUCAAAUCUUCAAUCCACAGAGUUGUAACGCCACCAGACGACCAAAGACGAUUCAAGAGGUUGGUCUUGAUAUAUUUCUGCAAUCCAAAAUAUCCAGCUGUUUUAGAUCCAGAACCAUUAAAUUCUCCUAAAUUGAAAAGACUUGGAUACAACAAACCAGAAGAAUGGCAUAAAAUUACAUUUAAAGAGUGGGAUAAUGAAAAGGGAAGAUUAUUUGGGAAAAAAGCAGUCAAUGAUAGCAAAGGUGAUGAACCUAACUUAGUUUUAUUAUAUGGCCGGUUGCAUGAAAGGUGGCAUCAAGCAGAAAGUAAUUUUUCUCUUGAAGAAGCAAAAAGGAAAUUUAAAAUUAUAAAUUUUGAGAAUUUAUAG